UGUGACCUGUUCACGCAGGGGAAACUUGAACAUUCUCAGGUGCACCAGAGGCUCUCUUCCUGGCAGAAUUUGGGAGUUGUUUAUUGCAGUACUGUUGUGCCCUCUGAUGAUGUGACAGUGGUUUAUCAAAAUGGGUUACCUGUGAUAUCCGUGAGACUGCCAUCCCGGCGUGAACGCUGCCAGUUCACACUCAAACCUAUCUCUGACUCUGUUGGUGUGUUUUUAAGACAACUGCAAGAAGAAGAUCGGGGAAUUGACAGAGUUGCAAUCUAUUCACCAGAUGGCGUUCGAGUUGCUGCCUCAACAGGGAUAGACCUCCUCCUCCUUGAUGACUUUAAGCUGGUCAUUAAUGACUUAACGUAUCAUGUACGACCACCAAAGAGAGACCUCUUAAGCCAUGAAAAUGCAGCAACCUUGAACGAUGUAAAAACUCUGGUCCAACAGCUAUACACUACGCUGUGUAUUGAGCAGCACCAGUUAAACAAGGAAAGAGAACUUAUUGAAAGAUUAGAGGAUCUCAAAGAGCAACUCGCUCCCCUGGAAAAGGUACGGAUUGAGAUUAGCAGGAAAGCUGAGAAGAGGACAACUUUGGUGCUAUGGGGUGGCCUUGCCUAUAUGGCCACACAGUUUGGCAUUUUGGCCCGGCUCACCUGGUGGGAAUAUUCUUGGGACAUCAUGGAACCAGUCACUUACUUCAUCACUUACGGAAGUGCCAUGGCAAUGUAUGCGUAUUUUGUAAUUACACGCCAGGAGUAUGUUUAUCCGGAAGCCAGAGACAGACAGUACUUACUAUUUUUCCAUAAAGGAGCCAAAAAGUCACGUUUUGACCUAGAGAAAUACAAUCAACUCAAGGAUGCAAUUGCUCAGGCAGAAAUGGACCUUAAGAGACUGAGAGACCCAUUACAAGUACAUCUGCCCCUCCGACAAAUUGGUGAAAAAGAUUGAUCUGCAAAGAGCCUCUGCAUCCCAGCAGAAAGAUCACCUGUUUAUAACUCUUGCCUUUUUAAUUAAAAGCAUUGCAGGUGGAAGCUGGGAGCCAUGUGGGGGUAGUGGGUUUUUACCUUUAAUCAAAAACAAAAACAGAAAGAAUCUUAGGAAAAAAGGAAUGUUAAAAUCUGAAGAUCAGACAUUGUGGAAUAUAAGCUCAAAGGGCUUAGUGAAUAUUGUCUUAAUCAAGCAUCUCAGUUUCUGGAUGAAAUGAUGCAAUUAAUUAUAUAGUUGAGAGAUUCAUAAAGAGAAAAUGAUGCUGGGAGUGUUGGUUUCUGGUAUCUUUGCAGGAUCAGCAAAACAGUAACGCACCAGCACCCCACCCAGCUCUAAUUUUUUUAAUUUAACUUUUCUUAUUUUUGACAUAGGAGUAAAUAAAUAUAUCAGAAAAACAAAUUCUCAUGAUAUGCGGGUAACAGUCUGAGCCCAUAUCAUUCGCAUUUAUUUUAACUUGGACCCAGUCUCUGCAAAGUUACCAGGACUCUCCCUCCUAUAUCCAUUUUCUGACCAUCUACUUAUACCAGUUGGUUACACUAAUUCUGUCCAUAUAAUAAUUGGAAGCAACUUAUGACUGUUGAUAAUGAACACUUAGGAUUAUCCCUUAAUAACUUCUUAAAUGGCUCUAUGUCCCAGUGCUCCGGAUCAGUAUCUGGAAAUCAUGGGCAACAUUGCAUGAGGUCUUUUUUGUUUUGUUUGUUUUGUUUUUUAAUAAUUAGUCUUUCAGAGGAGGAAAAAUGUCCUUCCUUUAUAUACGUAUCCCCUUUAAAGUCCCCCCUUUCCUCCACAAGUCAAAUCAGCGGGGGAAUGUUCAGCUGUAUUACCAAAUCAGGAAGAUGUAAGGUUUACAAACUGGCUAAAAAUCAUGGCUCGGUAGCCAUCUCGGAACCAGAAUAAUUUCAUUGCUGUUAAUCUGCUUGUGUGACAGCAUUCCAGGCCACCACCUCAUUUGGAGGCCUUGUUAAUCUUGAAGGACAAAGGACGCAGGACACAGUGUUUGUGAGCCCUCCCACCUCCACAACUUCAGUUGUAAAUCAAGUGUGCGGAUCUCAAAGGGUGCAAUUUAUACAGAAAUACAUUUCUAUGGCUUCCUUCAGUCUACCUUCUCCACCCUAUUUUUUCUUAUCUUAAAUUGAGAGAAAGAAGAAUUAAUCUUAUACUCUAUCAAUAUAUUUUCUACCAUAUUUCCAGAUGACAUUGGAACUUGAAGAGUCAAAGGAAUCUGUGUGUAAUAUCCUGUUUUUAACUACUAUGGGCACAGAACGGAGAGGAUGAUAAAGGCUUGCCAUACCAUGGAUUGGCUUUUUUCUUUCGCGUGAUUCAUCCCUCCUCAUUGUGUCAAGGGGUUUCUUUCUCUUUUUCUUUGACCUUUGGGAUUAUUGUGUGUGGAAAGAAAAACUCUAAAUGACAAAUCAGACUCUAGGUGCCUUGCAGAGGUUGAAGGCCAGCCCGGAUUGCUGCUGCUGCUCCUGCCACCACCCCUCUCACUGGCAUGAUGGAAUGAAAGGAUGCAUGUCUUCACUUCCCAGUCCUCCUCCCACUUCCUUCCCCUGCCUACCCCCAGUCCUUCGGCCCCUUCCCUCAUUUAUUUUUGUUAAGUUGUGUGAAUUAUUUUUAAACCAUUAUCCUGUUUGCGUGCGGGGUUUUUAAGAAGAAACAGCACAGUGCAAAUGAGCAAAUCCUUUCGGGUGUGUGGGAGGCAAGGGAGGAAGACAUGGAGAAUAGUCCUUUACACAAAUAGUAAAAUACUGAAUAUGUGUAAAAUCCUGUAUCAUUUAUGAAAUAUGUAUAAAAAGCAAUGUACCUUCUGGAACAAUAAAUACUUAUUCAAUUUUUGAA